GUCUAAUUUAUUCUUUAUAGAUAUAAACAAUAAGCUUGCCUUUUCCACUUUGUCAUUCAACCUAGUUUCAGGUCACUAAAAAUGGCUGACACUUUUUCAAAAGAGAGAUUGUGUCUUUUUCAUCUCCCUGAUGAAAGGUAUCCAUUUUUUUUUUUAUCUCUAACAACAUCACUUCAUUUAAAAAUCUUUGAAACUGAAACAAUCAAAAUGACAGACCACUCCGCCAAUAUUUUCGAUUGUUCAGGUAUGUAUUAUCACACCAAUUUUGUCAUUAUGACAUCAAAGUGUUAUCACUGAAAGGAGAAUAAUUUUUACGGCAUACUUUACAAAAAGUAAAUGAAAAUGUACCUAAAAAAUUUAGGAUGCAGCAGGCCGCAUCAAAAUACAAAGUGGGCCAUAGUACGACCCGGGGACCACAGAGUGGACAUCCCUGAUUAAUUAAGAAAAAUGUUUCCUUUUUCAGUUGUUCUUUCAUAUAAAUAGUACAAUGUUCUGCUUGAAGUUCUAUGCAAUUCUGAUCAGUAGUUUCUGGUGUUUUCUUAAAUGUAAUAAGUAAAUAAUAAUUAUAUAUAAAUAGUAAAAUAAUUUGAUUCUAUGAUGCAAACUCUGUAAAAUACUUGUAAUACAUAUAAAAUUUCUUUUGACAGUGAGAAGUCCAGUAUUUUCUCAUUUGAGUGUAUCUCUUUAUGGACUGACGACAAUUAGAGCAUUUAACGCUGAAAGCAGAUUUAAAUCUAUGUUUAAUAAGUAUCAGGAUAAGCAUACUUCAACGUUGUUUAUUUACGUGUGUUUGAUUCGAUGGAUAUGUAUAUACGGCCACAUCUUUGGUUUUAUAAAUUUAAUUAUUACUGUUAUUAUAUUUAUUGUUUCAAAUAAUUCAGGUGACGCAGGAGGCAAAAUUGGACUUUUAUUGAAUUACGGAAUAUUAAUAACUUUGAAUAUUCAAUAUCUUAUUCUAUUUGCAUCUGAAAUCGAAUUACAGAUGAACUCGGUAAAGCGCAUUCUGAAAUACAGCAAAUUGAAAUCGGAAGCCUCGUACGAAAGUUUGCCUGAAAAACGACCACCCUCGGACUGGCCACAAAGAGGAGAAAUUCAUUUCGAUAAUGUUUCUUUACAAUACUCCGAGGAUAAAAAUAUCGUUUUAAAGAAUUUGACUUUUCGUAUUGACUCUGGAGAAAAGAUAGGAAUUGUCGGGAGAACAGGAGCUGGAAAGAGUUCAAUAAUUGCUUCGUUAUUUCGCAUGACGGAGCCAACGGGAACAAUCACCAUCGAUGGAAUUGACACUGAAGAAAUCGGUCUUCGAGAUCUACGUAGUAUAGGAAUUGUCGGGAGAACAGGAGCUGGAAAGAGUUCAAUAAUUGCUUCGUUAUUUCGCAUGACGGAGCCAACGGGAACAAUCACCAUCGAUGGAAUUGACACUGAAGAAAUCGGUCUUCGAGAUCUACGUAGUAAAAUAUCCAUCAUUCCUCAAGAUCCAAUGUUGUUUACUGGUCCUCUUCGAAGAAACAUCGAUCCCUUUAAUGAAUAUUUGGACAAAACGCUGUGGAAAGUCAUAGAAGAGGUACAGUUAAAAGAAGUUGUUAGUAAAUUACCUGGAGGGUUGGAUACGCAUUUAACGGAAGGAGGACGAAAUUUCAGUGUGGGAGAAAGACAAUUAAUUUGUCUGGCCAGAACCAUUCUUCGCCGGAAUAAAAUUCUUGUUAUGGACGAAGCAACGUCCAAUAUUGAUAAAAGGACCGAUUCCUGUCUACAGAAAAUAAUUCGAGAAAGAUUUAAAUCUUGUACUGUGUUGACAAUAGCCCACAGAUUAAACACAAUCAUCGAUUCGGAUAGAGUGCUGGUACUAGAUACAGGAAAACUACAAGAAUUUGACUCGCCGUAUGCAUUACUGAAGAACGUAAAUGGUAUAUUUUAUAAUUUGGUAAAGAAGACGGGAGUAACUUCAAUGAAUGAAUUAUACAAAAUUGCCAAAGAGAAAUAUUACGCUAAAGUAAGGGUCGAACAAACAAAACUAUAAAACAGUGGAUUGUCUUCAAUGUAUAUCCAUCUUUUACAGAUCCGGUGUUACGUUUUUUAUUUAAUUCUUUUCUUAGAAAUAUUAAGUCAAGUUCUUAAACAUUAACUUAGUAUUUCCGCACAUCAUGUAAAACAUAAAAUUAAUAAUAUCUAAACAUUUGUGAGUUAAACUGUGACAAACAUUACUGACAGUAAUCAGAAAGUAUAGGAGAUAAUAUUUUAGCUAAAUUUACAAUGGUUAAUUUAAGAAAUGAAGUGAAUUUUCAAGUAUUAAAGAGCAGUAAAUGACUUUAAUUUAAUAUAAGUUUUGUUUAUGAAUUCCAUCAGGAAAUCUUAAUCGGAAAUAUAAUUCUAAUGGUAAAUAUGUAUUCCAGCAAAAAUUUGCAUUGCGGUAAUAAGUAAAAAUAAAAUUAGCCUAAAUGUUCCA